CUUCGACUGUCGCAGUGACCGGAAGUGAGAAAUGAAUUCGGCCUAGGAUCAAGGAUCUGAAAGCUCCCGAUGAAACACUUACCGUAUCGUAACUUUGAGCAAGUCGUUCACAAUGCCGAGCCCGGCAAAGCGCCGCAAAAAGAAUGACUUCAAGUCGGCGGAUCAAUCGGUUCGAGGUCUCGACUACUUCUUCGCGAAGCAGCAGGCCAAUAAAGGCACGCCUAGUUCACAUGGUACGGGGGAAGAGAAACCUACCUGUGCGGAACGGAAUGAGGUCACGCAGGAGACAGACGAGGAGUAUGCGCGAAGGCUACAGGAGCAAUACGACAAGGAAGAGCAAGGGCUUGGGAUAUCACGUUCUGAAGCGGAAGAUGGAAUACCCAAUGGAACCACGUCUCGUCUAAAAUCAGUCGAAGUCCCCAAGGCUGGUAGCUCCGAGAGGAAACCAUUGGAGCCGACGAUCCGUACGCUAUCGCUUCAACACGGAACAACCGCUGCAGACAAAGUCACCUUCGCCAUCCCACUCGACGAAGAUCCAUUGACUUUCGACCUCUCGACAUAUAUAUCCCCCCUCCAAGCCCAAUGGAGCUCCACCGGUGGGAAUGCGACAUAUGCUCUAUUGACCCAUUGCUUCACCAUUGCAGGCAGCACUACUGGGCGGAUCAAGACUACGAACACGCUCAUUAACACCUUCCGACUCCUGAUCGCCGCCGACCCAGACUCUCUUCUCCCCGCUGUAUGGCUCAGUACGAACUCCAUAAGCGCCCCCCAUGACCCUAUGGAACUGAACCUAGGCGGAAGCACCAUCAGCAAGGCGCUCUGCAAAGUGUAUAGCCUGACUCCGGCCACCUUGCGGACCCUGUAUAACAAGUACGGAGACGGCGGGGACGUGGCAUUCGAGGCCAAGAAGCGGGCAAGCUUGACAUUGCGGAAGCCGAAGCCAUUGACCGUUCAGGGGGUUUACGACGAUCUGGGGAAGAUCGCAAAAUCUACAGGGAAGGGAAGCGCCGAGAUGAAGCAGGGGACAGUGGAGAGGAUGAUCAGAGAUGCUGGCACCGGCGAAGAAUCACGAUACCUGGUUCGAACAUUGGUUCAGAAUUUGCGGAUUGGCGCGGUUAAGACUACGACGCUCAUAGCCCUGUCGCGAGCAUUCCUCCUCACUGCACCUCCCCACCCCCCCGAAUCCUUCACUUCUGCUUAUGACCCAACAUCUGUUGCGCGCAUGUCCAAAGAUGCUCGCCAAGAGCUCUUCCUCCGUGCAGAGGAGCUUUUGAAGGCGUCAUACGCCCGCCAUCCAUCGUACGCUACCCUUGUGCCCGCGCUUCUGGAGGUCGGCAUCUCCCCGGAACUGCUGUUGCGCUGCGGGCUCUCUCUGCAUGUACCACUGCGGCCUAUGCUUGGUGCCAUCACUCGGGAUCUUCCUUCGAUGCUCGCCCAGUUAGCCGGGAGAGCGUUCACGGCUGAAUGGAAGUAUGAUGGGCAGCGUGCCCAAGUUCACUGCGAUGACGCUGGAACGGUGAGCAUAUUCAGUCGGCACCUGGAGAAUAUGACGGAUAAGUAUCCGGACCUGGUCUCCCUUGUGCCCCAAUUCCGAGGUGAAGGUGUGAGCAGCUUCAUCUUGGAGGGUGAGGUCGUUGCCGUGAAUCCGGAAACAGGACAGUUACUCCCGUUCCAGACGCUCUCAAACCGUGCCAGGAAGGAUGUUAAACAAGAGGACGUUAAGGUUCAGGUGUGCUUAUAUGCUUUUGAUUUGAUGUAUCUGAAUGGGAGCGAACUACUUGGACGACCAUUGCGAGAGAGGCGAAAUAUUUUGAAAAGCCUGUUUAAUUCGAUACCUCGACGGUUUGAAUGGGUCCGAAAUCUCGACGCCACAAGCGAAGACGUGGAGUCAGUGCGAGAGUUUUUCCAAGAAGCCACGAAUAAUAAGUGCGAAGGGAUUAUGGUGAAGGUCUUGGAUAACCUUGACGAGGAUAUUAAGCUGGCUGAGCAAGAGGAUCUUAUCGAUGGCGAUGUGCCAAGUAUUCCCACCCGCAAGAAGGCCAAGCCUGCCAAAGGCAAAGAAGCCUCAAAGCCAUCGAAAGCGGCCGAUGAAAGCGCAGAAAAUGCUUCAGAAGCGAGACCGUCUCGCCGAAAACCUCUGCUUGCGACUUAUACCCCGGACAAACGACUCGAGUCCUGGCUCAAGGUGAAGAAGGAUUAUGCACAGUCCGCUGAUACGAUCGACAUGAUCCCAAUCGGUGCCUGGCACGGCCAAGGCCGAAAAUCCAAAUGGUGGAGCCCGAUUCUCCUCGCGGUCCGCAACGAAUCGACCGGCUUGCUCGAAGCGGUGACGAAGUGCAUGAGCGGCUUCACUGAUAAGUUCUACAAAGAGAAUCGAGCCAAAUACGACCCAGAUGGUCAGGCGGGAGGGCCCCCAGAGAACGAGGAGGACGAUGACAGCGAUGAUUUGGAAGCAGUGGAACGUAUUGGGAAAAAUACGCUGGCUUCCAAACCCAUGUACGUUGAGUACAAUGGCCCGGAACCAGACAUCUGGUUCGAACCGCAAGAGGUAUGGGAAUGUGUCUUCGCAGAUGUGACCUUGUCUCCGACCUAUACCGCCGCGAUCGGCCUCGUCAGCGACGAACGCGGCCUGAGUCUGCGAUUUCCGCGAUUUCUUCGCGUCCGUGAAGAUAAGAGUAUCGAGGAGGCCAGUACCAGCGAAUUUUUGGCAGAAUUGUACCGGAAGCAGGCGGGUGACCCGGACCGACCAUCAGCCGAGAAAAUGGAGGUCGAAGAGGAGGCCGAGCUGGACGAUGACGGGGAGUUGUAUGGAUAGAAAGACCGCAAUUUAUGUUUUGGCCUCGAGGAUUGACACGCACUCGGCGCGGAGCUCCUCGACUCCCUGAACACCGGUCCAGUUAUCUAGGAGGGCCUGGAUUUCGUCCCAGUCUGCCGCUGCAGCGUCGAUGUCGCCUUGCUCCUGAAACUGGCGCAGUCGGCGAGGAGUAUCCAGCGCCCAUUGGACAGUUUGUCGUUGCAUCUCUUUCUCGGACGGUUGAGUGUCUCCUCCGGCUGCGUCUCUCUGAUGCUGUCCUGCACGAGAACGUAAAUUGUUUGACAACGUAGAAGCUGUCUCCGCGAUGUGCGAUAUGGCAGGAGAUAAGGUGGAUGUCGCAGGCGUCAUCGGAUCCAUGUUCGUU